AUGUUGUAUAUCGCCAGCCCGGCGUUGUCGUAUACCCCAUUACAGGGUUUAGAAAAGGGAAUAGUGCUCUCAAGCGCCCCACAAUAUAUAUUAAAAAGUAAUUGCUAUUAUAUAAUACUUAACCUAUUUUUAUACAUAUUUAAUUUUUUAUUUUAUUUAUUUCCUUUAUAUUUAAGCUGCAAAAAAAUAAAACAAAAAUGUAUAUAUAUAUAUAUAUAUAAUUUAUUUACCCUUUUCGAGCUCCAACAGCUAUUUGGUGUAAAACCGGGUAAAAACUCCUUCCCUUCGAAGUAUUUUCUAUUCCGCGUCGUUUUUGUUAAUAUAUUGCGGCUUUUUCCGCCUUUUUUCUUUUUAAUCCCUUACGCAAUCCCACCAAAAAACAUUACUAGCAAUUGCAAAACAGCAACAACAAUAACCGUUCCCGCAAAAUUAAUUUUAACAAGGUUGCUUCGGUUUAAAUUCCAAAUUAAAGAAAUGUAUAUAUUGCUAUUCGAAAAAAAAGCUUUACAAACCGCAAAAAGCAUUACGUUUAAGCGUUUAACUUUACGGCUUACCGUAACAUUAUUAUUAUUAACAUUUUUAUUAAAAUGUUUUUUGUAUUCGAUAUCGUUUUUAAUUAUUUCCAAGCUAAACGUAACGGGUUUAACGAUUUUACGUUAA